AUGGUGUCCACCUCCCUAGCCAUUAAAAUGGUCGACUCGAGCCUCGGUGAAGAAGCUGCAAGAGAUCGAUGCCUUUCUUCAACCUCUCGAUCCGCUAUCCCGCUCUUUCUCUGUUUCCACUCUGCGAUUCCUCUUCUGGCCAUCUCGAGAAGUUCCACCAGCUCCACUCCCGAUCGCUUAGCACGCGAGGUCGAGGAGGGUCCAGACUUCUCUAACCGUGCCCUAACUUUGAAGUCUAGGCGGAGGUCUUUGGAGGUGUCAUCGCGGAGAUGGACAUGGAGCUGGAGCCGCGAACGAAAGCGUUGGCGUACAAGAUUAAGGCGACGUCCCGCGAAUCCCCAGCCCAGAAGGCGGCCAACGUCUUUGACCCGGACCUCCGCACUCACUGGUCCACCGGCACCAACACGAAGGAGUGGAUCCUACUCGAGCUUGACGAACCUUGCCUACUGUCACAUAUAAGAAUCUAUAAUAAAUCUGUUCUUGAAUGGGAAAUUAGUGUUGGAUUGCGUUUUAAGCCUGAGGCAUUUCUAAAAGUUCGUCCACGUUGUGAAGCUCCAAGAAGAGAGAUGGUUUAUCCUAUGAAUUACACACCAUGCCGUUAUGUAAGGAUAUCUUGCUUGCGUGGAAACCCAAUAGCUAUAUUUUUUAUUCAGCUUAUGGGGGUUACUGUUACUGGAUUGGAACCUGAGCUUCAACCUAUUGCUAAUUACUUGAUACCACAUAUUAUAUCACACAAGCAAGAUGCUCAUGAUAUGCAUCUUCAGCUGCUUCAAGAUGUGGCGAAGAACCUGCUGGUUUUUCUUCCGGAGCUGGAGACAGAUCUUACCAAUUUUCCCGAUGCUGCUGAGACUAACAUUCGUUUUUUUGCAAUGCUUGCUGGUCCAUUCUAUCCAAUUCUGCGUCUUUCUAAUGAAAGGAAAGCUUCAAGUGUGUUGCCUUUUUCUUCUGAUUUAGAUGCAUCCAAGAGCAACCCAUCCUCUACUUUAACUGUUUCGUCCAACUUUGAGGCACAACCAAGAAGAUCACGCAGUCCACCCUUCCCUGAACUUGCUUGCAGUUCUGUAGCAUUUCGAUCUGAUGCUGUCAUCAUUCUGUUAAGGAAGGCAUAUAAAGAGUCUCAUUUGGGAAUUGUUUGUCGGAGAGCUUCAAUAGCACUACACAGACUUGUAGAAGCAAAUAAUUUACUAGGGGAGUCAGCAUGUACUGAUGACUUGGGUCUGUCUUCUAUAUCUGAUGAAAUUGUUAAAACUGAAGUAACCAGUCAUAUGCAACCUGCUGAUUACUCGAGCUUGUUUGGGGAAGAAUUCAAAUUACCUGAAGAUUAUUGGGAUGCUUCUUAUUUGAAUGUGUUGGAUAUAUCUGCAGUGGAAGAAGGCAUUCUCCAUGUCUUAUUUGGAUGUGCUUCACAACCUCUCCUGUGCUGCAAAUUGGCUGACAGUAAUUCAAAUUUUUGGUCCCUAUUACCACUUAUACAAGCACUGCUUCCAGCACUUCGUCCUCCGAUUAGCCUCCCAGAUCAAGUUGAUGAUAGUUUUUCACAGUGGAAUCAUCCUUCUGUCCAGCAUGCUCUCUCUCAGAUAAUAACAAUGUCAUCAUCAUCAGUAUAUCAUCCUCUUCUUCAUGCUUGUGCGGGCUAUCUGUCUUCAUUCUUAUCAUCUCAUGCAAAGGCAGCAUGUGUAUUGAUUGAUUUAUGCUCUGGACCAUUAUCACCAUGGAUAUCUACAAUUACUGCAAAGGUUGAUCUUGCAAUUGAACUUCUAGAGGACCUCUUGGGUGUUAUUCAAGGUGUUCCACAAUCUGCUGGUCGUGCUCGUGCUGUUUUAAAGUAUAUCUUGCUGGCCUUGUCUGGCCAUAUGGAUGAUGUACUAUCAAAAUAUAAGGAAUUUAAACAUAGGCUUCUAUUUCUUUUGGAGAUGCUAGAACCCUUUCUUGAUCCUGUGAUUACUGGAACAAAGAAUACAACUUUUGAAGAUGCUUCUGAUAUACACUUGGAGAAACAGAAGAACUGUUCUAUUGCACUCAAUGUUAUACGUACUGCAUUACGAAGGCCUGCCAUUCUUCCUUCUGUGGAAUCUGAAUGGAGACGUGGAUCUGUUGCACCAAGUGUACUUCUUUCUGUUCUGGGGCCACACAUGCCAUUACCUUCAGAUAUUGACCUUUGCAAAUGUUCAUUUCCUAAAGUGGCUGAUCAAGAGUCUUUAGCUGUUUCUUCCGACUCUGUGAUCUGUUCUCAUGGGGCUUCUAGCAUAUCCAGUAGUCCGGAUGAAGCAAAGGGAAAGAUUGAUGCAUCUGAAGCUGCUACAAGAAAAGAUGUACUCCAAGAUGCUAACCUGCAGUUUGCUCGUAGAGAUCUGUCAAAAAUUGUUCUGACAAGUGUUCCCAACUAUUUUACUGGGGACUGUAUCAGCUUGAAUUCUGGUUGUGGUGUUUCAGAGGUGAAUAAGAUUUCAAAUAACAACUUUCAGUUGAAUACUGGUUUCUUUGCUGAUUACUUCUAUUCACAAGCAGAUUAUCUACAACUUGUAAACCAUCAAGAUUCGGUAUUUAGGGCUUCCGAAUUUGAACGUUUAGCAGCUGAUUUGUGUUCCCAGCAUGACAUAACCCCAGAAAGCCAUGAAGCUGCAAUAGAUGCCUUACUCUUGGCCGCAGAAUGUUAUGUCAACCCAUUCUUUAUGAUUUCAUAUGGAUGCAAUUCAGAGCUUAUGAAUCAGAUGAAAAUUAUUGGAUCCAAAUUCAAGAAUAAAACUGGAUUAGUGGAGUUUAAUAAAGACCUUAAGAGAUGUAAUGUCAAUCUGGAGACAAUAGCUUAUCUUGAAAGUAAAAGAGAUAUAACAGUUCUGCAAAUUCUGCUUCGUGCCACUAAACUGGACCUCGAAUCUGAGAGAAUUUUGGCUCUUGGUAAACCUUAUACAUAUAAUUUUGAAGGUAAUCAACAGGCUUUGGAAAUAUCACAAGUGGACAUUGAAUCAGCUGAUGUGGUAACAUUGGUUAGGCAGAAUCAAUCAUUGCUUUGUCACUUUGUAAUUCAGCAAUUAAGAAGGGAACAACAAUCAUCACAUGAAAUCCUCCUACAGAGUCUCCUCUUUCUACUGCAUUCUGCAACUGAGUUAUCCUGUUCUGCAGAGGAUGUUAUUGAUAUUAUACUGCAGUCAGCUGAAAAUCUUAGUGGACAACUUACAACUUUGUACACCCAACUGAAAGCAGGAAACAUACAGCUUGAAAUGGAAAAGUUACAUGGGCUGCGAAGGCGCUGGGCACUUCUUGAAAGAUUGGUAAUAGCAUCUUCUGGAAAUGAUGAAGGGACAAAUCCCAUUGGCAUCAAAAGUGCUGGUUUCAUCUACAGAACUUUAGUUCCACCUUCAUCGUGGAUGCAGAAAAUAUCCAGAUUUUCGAGUUGCACAUGUCCACUUUCUAGAUUUUUAGGAUGGAUGGGAGUAUCUCGAUAUGCAAAGCAAUACUUGAAGGAACACUUGUUUAUUGCCUCUGAUCUUUCACAAAUUUCAUCAUUGUUAUCAAUUUUUGUGGAUGAGUUAGCACUUACAGAUAAUUUAGUAAAAAAGAAAAUUGAAUCUGCAUAUUCAGAUCCAUCGGGUACCAAAACACACUCCCAAGUUGAUAAAGAAUUUGAGUCUUCUAAUCAGUCAGAUGCUAAACUAUCAUUUCAAAUACUUUUUCCUCACCUGCAUAUGUUCUUCCCAAACAUGAGAAAGCAGUUUGGUGAGUCUGGAGAGAUAAUUUUGGAAGCUGUUGGUAUGCAACUAAAAUCUCUUCCAUGCAGUGCUGUUCCAGAUAUCCUCUGCUGGUUUGCUGACCUUUGUUUGUGGCCAUAUCUAGAAACAAUAAGGAACCAUCUUCAUGUUACAAAAAAUGCUAAUCCUUUGAGAGGUCAUAUCGCUAGAAAUGCUAAGGCAGUUAUUUUUUACGUGCUUGAAUCGAUUACUGUUGAGCACAUGGAAGCAUUGGUUAAUGAAAUGCCGAGGGUAGCUCACAUCUUGAUAUCUCUUUGUAGAGCCUCCUUUUGUGAUGUUGCUUUCCUGAAUUCUAUUCUAUCUCUGUUAGGACCAAUAAUUUCUUACUCUUUGCGGAAGGCAAGUGAUGAUGAGAAGCACUUGUCUGAUGCAUCACUUCAUCAGGACUUUCAUUUGUCAAAUUUUGAAGAACUAUUUGACAGUAUAAGGUGUGAAAAGGAGCUGAAUGAGGUUACUGAAGAGAAGAAAUUCCAGGGAUCAUUGAUGAUUUGCAUUUUAGGUCAUCUGUUUCCUGAUCUGUCCUUCAGGAGGAAGAAAGAAGUUUUAGAAUCCUUGUUGUUGUGGGUUGAUUUUACCACUUCAGCACCCAUAUCUUCUAUCUAUGAUUACCUCAGUGCAUUCCAGAAACUCAUUAACAGCUGUCUCAUUGUAGUAGUGCAGGGUCUAAAGUCAUUUGGUGUCAAUCUGCCACUUGAGAGAAAACAGUCAACUGCAGGUGGUCCCAACUUAAGCAUUAAUGAUGGCUUAACUUAUCAGUUUGAUUCACCAGAUCUUGCAGAUGGAUAUGUGAACGGGUUGUCUAAAACAUGUGAAAGUGAUGACACCUGCACUGAUCUUUUGGGUGAAGGGAUUCAUAUUCUGUCUGCUGGUGAAAUUGAAGAACUCGUGGAUCGACUUGGAAAGUUAAUUUCUGGUCUUCUUCCAGCUAUUGAAGCCAGCUGGAACAUGCAUUAUAAGUUGGGAAUGAGGCUCACUUGUACAUUAGCAAACUGCUUAUUUUUCUCAAGAUGCUUAAGUGUUGUCAUUCAAGCAAGUACCAGAGAUGGGGAUGGCCAAGACACACACCAAUCUGAUUCAAGUGACCUUCCAUCAAGAUACUGGGUGAAUGCUCUUGAAGGACUUGUGGGAGCUAUAUCAUCAAGUCAAAAAAAUCAUUGUUGGCAAGUAGCAUCUGCUAUGCUUGAUUUUCUGUUCAAGUUGCCUGAGAACAUUCCUUUCUCCUCUGUGGUUUCUUCUCUAUGUUCUAUGAUCUUGAUCUUCUGUUGUAAUGCACCAAAAAUUUCAUGGCGUUUGCAGACUGAUAAAUGGUUAUCAUCAUUAUUUGAAAGGGGCAUUGAUAACCUUAGUGGUAAUGAGGCUUCAUUGGUGGACUUAUUCUGCACAAUGUUGGGUCAUUCAGAACCAGAACAACGAUCUGUUGCAUUGCGUCAUCUUGGGAGAAUUGUUGACCUAGGAAGCUACAAUGGUGUGAAUGAACUGCCUUACUCGGUUAAACAAAAUUUGGUUUGCUCUCGAUCUGUAGGGAUUGUUCCUGAAUCAGUAGUUACCAUUUUAGUUACAAAGACAUGGGAUAGAGUGAUAGUAGUAGCAUCCUCUGACCCUUCAAUGCUGUUGCGAACACAUGCAAUGGUGCUGUUACUAGCCUUUGUCCCAUAUGCAGAGAGAGCUCAACUGCAAUCCUUCCUGGUAUCCACUCAUACCAUCCUUCGAGGAAUGGGCAAAGUUACCAAUUCAAUGGAAGUGGGUCAUUUAACAAGACUCUCAUUGCACAUUCUGGCAAGUGCAUGUCUUUAUUCUCCUGCUGAGGAUAUUACUUUGAUACCUGAAAGUGUUUGGAGGAACUUGGAGCAGAUGGGAAUGUCAAAGAUAGGCGUGCUUAAUGACUUGGAGAAAAAUUUGUGCCUAUCUUUGUGCAAACUUAGAAAUGAAUUUGAUGGCGCAAAACCGGUUCUGAAAGAAGUGCUAUCAUCCAGCUCGAUGGGGAAGCCAAGUGAUCCUAACUUUCAAAGCAUUCGGGAGACAAUUCUUCAGGUCUUGUCUUCUCUGACUUCCAUUCAAUCCUACUUCGAGUUUUUCUCAGAGAGAAUUGAUCAGCAGUCUCAGGAACUUGAAGAAGCUGAGAUCGAAAUGGAGCUUCUUAGGGAAGAGGCAGUAUUUGAAGAAGCAUCUGGGUUUCUGCUAGAAGAAGCAGUUCCAUCUCUAACUAUAUCAAGUGAUAAGGAGAUUAACCGGCUUCAUCAAAUUAAGGAUGAAAUUAGAUCCUUAGAGAGGUCUAAACUUCGAGAAGAAAUAGUAGCACGCAGGCAAAAGAAGCUUUUAAUGAGGCAUGCUCGUAAAAAAUGCUUAGAAGAGGCAGCUUUGAGGGAAAUGGAACUUCUUCAGGAGCUUGACGGGGAAAGGACCAGUGAACUAGAGCGUGAUAUUGAGAGACAACGGGAGUUGGAAAAUGAACGUGCAAGAACUAGGGAACUACAAUUCAACCUUGAUAUGGAAAAGGAAAGACAGAUACAGAAAGAACUUCAAAGGGAAUUGGAGCAGGUUGAAUCUGGAACUCGAUCUUUUCGUAGAGAGUUUUCAUCUAAUCCCAGCAGUCGCUCUAGGGAAAGAUACCGUGACAGAGAUAAUGGGAGGUCGGGACAAGAGGCGAACUUAAGGUCAAGCAGCAGAGGCCAUGAUGGUGGUGCUCCACAGAUGACGACCACUAUUUCCACUGGAUCAUCUGCGGGGCCAACUGUAGUGCUUGCUGGGUCAAGAUCAUUCUCAGGUCAGCUUCCAACAAUUUUGCAAUCAAGGGACCGUGCAGAUGAACGUACCUCCAACUAUGAAGAUGCUAUCGAGGGGAGCAGGGAUUCGGGUGAUACAAGUAGCAUCGGUGACUCAGAAUCGGGUUCAGCAUUUGAUGGUUUACCUGGUACCUUUGGGACAGCUCCCAGACAUGGAUCCCGGGGCAGCAAGUCAAGGCAAAUCGUUGAGCGGAGAGAAAGAGAUGGUAGACGAGAAGGUAAAUGGGAAAGAAAGCAUUCUUGAAGAAUUAUCGUACAAAAUAAUCACCUAGGGAUAUCCUAGAGAAGAAAAAUGGCCUACAAGUAUUGAGAAUUCAACAUCAGAGAACACUUCCUGAUAUUCUAUCGAAGGUAAGUUGAGCCUAAUUUGGUUUGUGGAUAUUCUUUUCCUGUCGGCACGAGCAUGUUUUCCUCAUUGAAGCUUUUGAUGAGAAAUAUGUGUGAUCAUGGAAGAACAGAAACAGCCGUAAUCCUAGUGCUUUCUUUCUCACUCUAGUAAAUUGAUUCAAGUAACCUCAUUUCUGUUUUCCUCAUUGAAGCUUUUGAUGAGAAAUGUGUGUGAUCAUGGAAGAACAGAAACAGCCGUAUUCCUAUUCGCAGGUGAUCAGGCAUACUAGUCAAUAGUCACGGGAAAAGUCAAUAGAGGUGUGGAGAUUCUCCGCCGCCUCCGCUGCUCUCUGCCUCUUCUGAUGGUUCGUCUGAGCAUCAUCUCCAUCAACUCUCACCUUCCCCUCCCGAUCCUGUAUGACUCUUUUUAUCUUUUUCUCUUUAGUAGCCAAAAAAAUCGGUUAGUGAUGGCUCUUAUCUAAAACUAGCAAACACAAAGAACCGCACAAGAUAGCAAUGAAACUGCUGUGAUUCAAGUUUUUGUUGAGA